AUGGGGGACCGGGUGAGUGGCCAGCCUUUGCCAGUAAAGCAAAUUUGCCCGAUCAACAUCAUGUUCAGCCGUGUUGCUCUUCCGUUCGCCAAGCAAGCUGUGCGUGUGAAUGCGACCGCCCCGCGCAUGGCCAUUCGUGCCUUCUCGGCCCAAACUUUCUUGGACCGCGCCGAAGUCCAUGACCGUGUGUUGAACGUGAUCAAGAACGUCGGCAACAAGGUCGACCAUUCUAAGCUCAACGAAAAGGCCAAAUUCAUUGGCGACUUGGGCUUGGACUCGUUGGAUGUGGUGGAAGUCGUGAUGGCGAUUGAAGAAGAGUUUGUCAUUGAAAUCCCAGAUGCCGAAGCCGAGCGAUUGUUGACCCCUGCUCAAGUCAUCGACUACGUUGCGGCCCACCCCAUGGCCAAAUAGAUCGUGACCCUCAGCGCGAUGUCUAGUCUAUGGCUGGCCCGAGCUCUGACUUCUUUUAGAAUUGAUUAACACAGGAAACCACGAAAGAACACGAGAUCUGGUUAGUUUUCA